AUGAAUGAGAAAUUGAAGUAUCAUAAAAAUAAACCAGAUCAAACUGAGACUGGAGCUCCAGCAGAGCUAGAUGCUGAAGAGUUUGUUACACCGAAUGUUUUAUAUCCUGUCAAAAAUAAGGAUGAAACAAAGGAAGCACCAAUCAAUGAACCAAGUGUGGAUAUUCAACCGCCACCGGAAAAGGAACACCAAGUUGAAAAUCAACUGUCACCAGUCACUACAACCACAGAGGAGGAAGAAACAAAGGCAGAGAAAGAGAAACUGGAGAAAAAGGAUGAAGAGAAAGAGAAACUAGACAAAUGGGAUGGAGAGAAGAAGACUGAAGUGAAAAAAGAUGAAGAGGAGAAAGCAAUGAAGAAGGAUAAAGCAUUUGUUGAUGAUGAUGACUCAAUUAGCAUAACAGGCCCUAUAGAUGUAGAUGAAGAAAAAGAUGAACAAGUUGAGGAAGAUAAUUCUGAAAAUCUAAAGGCAGAAGAACUUCCUAAAGCUAUUAAGAUCACAAAUUUUGAAUCGGAUAACAAGUAUAUGUAUGAUGAUCCUAUUGAUACUGAACCAACAUUCAUUCCCAAUGAUAACACCAGAGAUAAUGUUGAAAAUACUAUUGAUAAUAUAGAUGUACUUGAUGUUGAUGUUCAAAUGUUUGAACAACGUGAGCAAAAAGAGGAACAAGUGGAGAAUCAAACUAAAGAAAAGAGCUCUGAUGAGCCACCUAUGAACACACAGCCUACUGAUAGUCAAAUUCCAUCGGUGAGUGUAAAUUUUGAUGAUAGACAAAAGGAAAAGACUGUUGAAAAGACUGAUGAGGAAGUACCAGCGAAUGAACAAAAUGUGGAGACACAACCACCACUGGUCAAGGACACUACUGAUGAGGAGAAGAUAGAAGAAUAUAAGACUGAGAAGGAGAAAACAAAGAAAGAAAAGGCUGAGAAAAAGGAGUCAAAGGAGAAGAAAAUAAUUGAUGAUGAUGUUUGUCUGGCAAAAUUUCAAAAUUAUGGCUCGCUGAACUACUUCUUGAAGCUACAGAGUUUCAAUGAAGACAUUGCUACAAAAUUCACACAGGCUUUUUGA